AUGUACCUUGAAUACAGUAUGUUUAACCUUCGUGAGUGCAUCUCUGUUCACAUUGGCCAAGCCGGAGUUCAAAUCGGCAACGCGUGUUGGGAACUCUUCUGCCUGGAGCACGGCAUUCAGUCAAACGGCACCUUCGCCGACGAGCCCAGCGACGAUGACUCCUUUGCCACGUUCUUCAGAGAGACAAGCUCUAGAAAAUACGUGCCCCGGGCUGUAAUGGUGGACUUGGAGCAAACAGUAAUAGAUGAAGUGCGGACUGGCACCUACCGGCAGCUUUUCCAUCCCGAACAGCUGAUCUCUGGAAAGGAAGAUGCAGCAAAUAAUUAUGCCCGUGGCCACUACUCUCUUGGCAAAGACAAAAUUGACAUGGCAUUAGAUCGUAUCCGCAGGCUGGCUGAUGACUGUUCUGGGCUGCAAGGAUUCCUGAUCUUCCAUAGCUUUGGUGGGGGUACCGGCUCUGGCUUUACCUCCUUGCUGAUGGAACACCUCUCCACUGAAUACGGAAAGAAGUGCAAACUGGAGUUUUCCAUCUACCCAGCCCCUCAGGUCUCCACCGCUGUGGUAGAGCCCUACAAUUCCAUCCUGACCACGCACACCACCCUGGAGCAUUCGGACUGCGCCUUCAUGGUGGAUAACGAGGCCAUCUAUGAUAUCUGCCGCCGAAACCUGGACAUCGAGCGCCCCACCUACACCAACCUCAACCGUCUCAUCAGCCAGAUUGUUUCAUCCAUCACGGCGUCACUGCGGUUCGACGGGGCCUUGCACCAGCUCUCCGUGGCUGAAAUCACCAGCGCCUGCUUUGAGCCCAGCAACCAGAUGGUGAAGUGUGACCCAAGACACGGGAAGUACAUGGCCUGCUGCAUGCUCUACCGUGGUGACAUAGUUCCCAAAGACGUCAACGUAGCAAUUGCUGCCAUCAAGACCAACAGAUCCCUCUGGAAAGCUUGUAUUUAAGGUUUCAGAUUUUGCAUGUUUUCUGUUGGGAUCAACUAUCAGCCUCCUACAGUAGUUCCUGGCGGAGACCUCGCCCCAGUUGAGCGAGCAGUGUGCAUGCUGAGCAACACCACGGCCAUUGCAGAUGCCUGGGCAAGGCUUGACCACAAGUUUGAUCUGAUGUUCGCCAAGAGAGCCUUUGUGCACUGGUAUGUUAAUGAAGGCAUGGAGGAGGGAGAAUUCGCAGAGGCCCGAGAAGACCUGUUUGCCCUGGAGAAGGACUAUAAAGAAGUGGGAACCGACUCGUUUGAAGAAGAAAAUGAGGGAGAGGAAUCUUAA